AUCAUCUAGCGAGGAUGGGGGACGUUAAAACGUGCUCUAUUCGCAUUUGUCAGGACGGGCACGCCAAUGCGUUAGCAUUGAACCGAGAGUACACACAGAUCGCCGUUGCCGGAAGAAGCUUGCUGAAGGUAUUUUCGAUCGAAAACGAUGGAUUCACUGAGGUGUGUAACAUGCGGGGAGGAAAGAACCAAAACCUUAGCUACUCGUCGAAUGACGUGGCGUGGAGUUCGCUGGAUUCGAACAUCCUGGCGACGGCGGCCACGAACGGUGUGGUGUCCGUGUGGGAUCUCUCAAAGUUUGGCCGGCAAAAGCAAUCGCUGGUGUACAACGAGCACGAGCGAACGGCCCAUUCCGUCGCGUUCCACGGCACGGAGGCGAACCUACUGAUUUCGGGUUCGCAGGAUGGAACGAUCAAGUGUUUCGAUCUGCGCACGGACAAGAUCGCGGUCAAUACGUACUUUAGCAAUUCGGAGAGCGUGCGCGAUGUAAAAUUCAGUCCCCACGCGCCCAACACGUUUGCGGCCGUGUCGGAAAAUGGAACCGUCCAGCUGUGGGACAUUCGGCGAAAUGAUCGUUGCACCACGCAGUUCACGGCGCACAGCGGUCCUAUCUACACCUGCGAUUGGCACCCCAUCCAAUCGUGGCUGGCGACGGGCAGCAGGGACAGACAGAUAAAGGUGUGGAACACGAGCCCCAAGAACUCGUCGCUGGAAAACACCAAAAACGUAUCGCUCGAGUACACGAUACACACGAUCGCGGUGGUCGGUAGGGUACGCUGGAGGCCCGAAAAAAUGUACCACAUCGCCAGCUGUGCGCUCGUGGUGGACAACAGCAUCUACAUCUGGGACCUGCGGCGACCUUACAUUCCGUACGCCUCGUUCAACGAGCAUUCGAACGUUACCACGGGCAUCGCGUUCAAGGGCAACGAUCGGCACAUGCUGCUGUCGACGAGCAAGGAUUCGACCAUUUUCAAGCACGUAUUCAAGGACGCUAUGCGGCCGGCACUGAAAGCGAACCCGCAAGGGGCCAGCUUCAACUACAAGGGCGAUCUGCUGUACGCGUACGAGAUGAAGGUGAUCGCGCCGGCUCCGCCACCGCCCGUUUCAACGGGUCUGCUAAGCCAAGGCAGCGGGUUGCUGGGAUCGCGUCAGAAAACUCCUCCCUCGGCCGACCAGUUCCACCUGGCCAAAUCGAAUCUGUCGAACUUUUUGACCAAAACCAUCGGCACCGGCGGGACAAAGGAUGUGACGAAGACGUCACUGCUGAAGGACUAUCUGGCUCUGAAGGGCUGUGCCAAGGAGUACGUUCUCUCGGGGUCAUCGCUGGCGGAGAUCUGCGGCCACAAUGCGGCCGUGGCGAAGAAGUACGGCAAAUCGAACGUUAGCUUUCUGUGGAACUUCAUUAGCCAGCUGUACGCGUACAGCUCGAUCGCGAGCACGAAGCUGGAACAGCGCAACUCGAACUCCAGCCAACACACCGGCGGUCGCCUGAUGGCCCAGAUCUCCAACCAGUCCAGCACCGGGCGUAGCGAGGAGCGGGCCAUCGGCAGUGGCAGCAACCCCAACUUGGGCCCCAUCAGCAGCACCGCGAGCAACGGCAAUGCCGACGAUUUCGUGGAGUUUACGAGCAAUACCAAAAAUGCCAACGAACCACCGGGCUUGGGGCAGCUACUGUUGGUCGACGUCGAGCACGAGCGGUGCGAGUUCGUGUUCGGCGAGACGGAACUAACGUUCGAUUCGGUGGACUGCAUCAAGGGGUUCCGGAACGGGUUUCUGUACAUGGGACCGCACGAUAUGGUGAAGGAGUACACGAUUCCGUCCUCGAAUCUGAUCAACGCACACGAGCUGCACCCGACGCAACACCGUAAACAUUUGGCGGUGGCGGAAAAAUCACAGGAAACGUCCCCACCACCGAACCCGGCCCCGAGCUUCCUGAAGAUAGCGGACCACAAUCCUACGCCGCCCAUCUGGCAGCCGCAUCAGGUGCUGGCGGACUGUUUAUCACUGCAGACGGAGGUCGGUGACGUGCAGACGUCCUCGUGUAUAUUGAUGGCCCUCGGCGAAAGGCGCCACAGUCUGCAGAUCGACGAAACGGUCCAGGAGAACUGGCUGCUGUCGUACAUUGAACUGCUGCAUCACCAUCAGCUGUGGAACGAGGCGACACAGGUGAUCAACAAAAGCUGGAUACGGUCGGUGGCCGAGUUGAACCAGCAGUCGACCACCAUGUACACUAGCUGUGGCCAGUGCUCGAAGCAAUUGCUGAACGCGGUCGGCUGGUACUGUUCGCGCUGCAAGUCAGCCCAAAGCUCCAAGUGCAGCGUCUGCAAUGGCGUCGUCCGCGGACUGUACGCUUGGUGCCAGGGAUGUUCACACGGUGGCCACCUUGAACACUUGAAACACUGGUUCGCCAACAACCCCAAGUGUCCCAAGUGUGGCCACUUGUGCGAAUACGAAUGA